AUGGGUGGUUGCCUCUCUAGGGCUAUUCAUAACCUCGAGGAGAAUCUCACUGCUUUGGAGACAACUUUUGAAGAACUGAAGGCAAUGCAAGAUGAUUUGUCAAGAAGGGUGGAGAGAGAGGAGGAUAAAGGUCUAAGAACGCUUGCCCAAGUUCAGGUUGUUCAAGAUUGGAACCAGAAAGAUGAAGACCAAAAGGCGUGUGACAUACAUAAUGUCCUAAAGAGGAAGAAGUUUGUGUUGCUGUUGGAUGACAUAUGGGCAAAAGUUAAUCUAACGGAGAUUGGAGUCCCGUAUCCAAGUAAAGAAAAUGGAUGCAAACUAAUUUUCACCACUCGUUCUCUGGAAGUGUGUGGGCGCAUGGAGCUGAUGUUGAGAUGGCAGUUGAGUGUUUGCCCCCUCGUGAUAUGA